AUGAAUGACUGUAAAAACAGCACAGUGACUGAAUUCUACAUGACCCCAUUCUCCACCUCCAGAAGAAAUGAAAUUCUUAUAUUUACUGGGUUUUUAUUCAUGUAUCUGCUAGCAGUGGUGGGAAAUCUGAUCAUCAUUGCACUGGUCUGUGGUGUACCCCAACUUCACAGCCCCAUGUAUUUCUUCUUGUGUAAUCUUUCUUCUGUUGAUGUCAUCUAUGUCUCUACUAUUCUCCCAAAGAUGCUGUCCAUCAUGUUAACAGAAGACAAGAGGAUCUCAUUCUAUGGUUGCAUGAUUCAGAUGUCCUUCUUCGUAUUCUGUGGAAAUGCUGAGAAUAACAUUCUGACCUGUAUGGCUUAUGAUCGCUAUGUGGCGGUUUGUUCUCCUCUACAUUAUUCUUUGAUCAUGACCAGGAAAGUUAGUUUUAUUAUAGUGAUUUCCUACAUGACCUUCAGUGCUAUGAAUUUCAUAGUAUUAACCUUAAUGAUAUCUACAUUAUCAUUCUGUUACUCUCACAAGAUCAACCAUUUCUUUUGUGAGGUAGUAAAAUUUAUGGCGCUGGCUUCUAGUGACACUAAGAUUAUGAAAAUUAUUCUCUCGGUAGAAGACUGUGUGGUAGCUUUUAAUUUAAUGUUCAUUUUGACCUCAUAUGGAAGGAUUAUAUCCACAGCUUUAAAGAUUCGUUCCUAUAAGGGACAGCUUAAAGUUUUUUCUAGCUGCUCUUCCCAUCUUAUUACUGUCCUAUUGUUCUUUGGACCAAGCAUCUUCAUGUACAUGAAACCUGAGUCUGAAAAUUCUAAAGAACAAGACAAGAUUAUCUCAAUGCUUUAUGUGGCUGUGGUCCCAAUGUUAAACCCAUUUAUAUAUAGCCUGAGAAAUAAAGAAGUCCUGGGAGCUGCUAGAAAAAUGGCCAAGGAGAUUUUUUAUUGA